CCAGGAAGAGGGGAGGGGACCCCAGGCCCCAGUGAAGGAGAGGGAAAGGGCACCACGGCUGGGCUCCGCUGGCUUCUCGCACCCACGCCAUGGCGCUUCCUCUGCAGCUCUUGAAUCGGGGCUUGGCCACUGCCGCCAAGGGAGGGCACGCAGGAGCCGGAGCCCGCACCUGGCGCCUCCUGUCCUUCAUGCUGGCUCUUCCCAGCGUGGCAGUCUGCACCCUCAACAGCUGGCUGCACGCAGGCCACAAGGGGCGCCCCGAGUUCGUCCCCUACCACCACCUUCGGAUCCGCACCAAGCCCUACUGCUGGGGUGACGGCAACCACACCCUCUUCCACAACCCCCACAUGAACCCACUCCCCACGGGCUACGAACACCGCUGAGACCCAGCGAGGCCCAGCUCCGCAAUAAAGGAAUGGACGCUU